CCCGGCCCCCAUCCGCGGCCUUCCCUCCCCCCGUUCCCCCCCUUCCGUUUCCCUUCCUCGCUCACUUCCCGAUUCAGCUCGCUGCGCCGCCGCCUUCGCUGACCUCGCGCGCGCACGAGCCGAUUCAAGCCCGCCGCUACAGAGAUUUCGGGAGAAUUUUGGGGGCUACCGGGGUGUGAACAGCGCCUGGUGCCCCCGCGGCUCCGCCUUUUGUCGCCCACUGUUUCGCGUCAAUUCUCGCGCGAAAAGGCAUGGGAACGGGAGAGGGGCCGCCGCCGGCGAGGCGAGAAAACGGCGUUAGUCGGCGGCGCUGGCUGGACGGGGAGGAGGAGGACGACGACGAGUAUGUGUUGGAGGAGGAAGAGGAAGAGGAUUAUGCGGAAGAGCUCUCCGCCUCGAGCGCCGGCGAGGAGGGGGAGGGUUCUGACGCGGAGUACCAGGAGGACGAAGAUGAGGAGGAGGAGGAGAUCGAGACGCCGCGGCUGAAGCGACCGGUAAAGGCCAGCGACCGCCGGCGGAAGGGGAAGUUGGAUCCGGCUGCUGCGCGAUCUCGGCGCCGGAAGUACGAGGAGGAUGAGGACUACGAGGAGGAGAUCGAGGAAGAAGAGGAGGUGGAGGAGUACCACGAUGAGCUCGAUGAGGAGGAAGAGGCGCAUCAGCGGCCAAAGAGCGUUGCGAAAUGUGGCGGCCGUAACCGAAAUGUGAAGCCGUCUACUGCAGCGAAGCGAUCUCAUCAGCGGAGGCACUUGGACGAUGAGGAUAUGGACUUUGACCCCGAGUUGGAUGAAGAGGAGGAGUUAGAUGAGGACAUCGAUUUUGAUCCUGAAGUGGAUGACGAUGAUGAGGAUGAAUACCAAGACGAGGAGGAAGAGGAACUGGCUGCUACCCGUGCCAGAAAGGUAACUGUUAAGAAUCCAGCGAAGCGGAAGUCUGCUUCAAAGCGGCGAACGCUGAAGAAGAAGAAGAAGAAAACUAAGGGAUCUAAGGUUUCUGGGAGGAAAUCGGCUUCGGCUAAAGCCAAGAAGUCCGCACCCAUUAGACGGCGGAGAAAGCGUUCAGUAGUUGAUGAAUAUGAGGACGAUGAGGAUGAAGAUGAUGAUGACUUCAUUGUAGAGGAUGAGCACCCCAGGAAGAAGGCCAGGACAAGGAAUGGGAGGGAGGCGCAAGUGGACCCUGAAGUAUCACCGGUUGAGGAAGAGACAUGGCCAAACCUUGAGUCAGACACAUCAGACUUUGAAUUUGCGACAUCUGAUGAGGAACCUAACAUUGUUGAGACACAGGUGGUUGAGCAGAUUUCAGUCAGAAAGGGAAGGAAGAAGAGGAUAUCUGGGUCUGAGUCAUCCUCUGAUUCUGAAUUUGUUGUAUCAGAUAAGGAAUUGGAGGAUUUGAAGGAGACUGAGCUCCCAAAGCCUGUGCCAAUGCUCCCUGCUUCGAUCAGAAGGAUUUGUAUUACAAGGCAUGGAGAAGGCAAGGGAAAGGAGAAACAGGAACCGGAGGAGGCUGGGAAUCCAAUAUGCGGGAUCUGCCUCUCAGAGGAGCAGAGAGCUACUGUGCAGGGUGUCCUCAAUUGUUGUUCGCACUACUUUUGCUUUGCGUGCAUCAUGGAAUGGUCUAGAGUUGAGUCGAGGUGCCCAUUGUGUAAGCAGCGGUUCACUACAAUCACCAAGUCAUCAAAGGUAGAUCUUGGUCUUGGAGUGAGAAAAUCUGUAAUCAAGGUCGAAGAGCGUGACCAGGUUUAUCAGCCCACUGAAGAAGAAAUAAGGCGCUGGUUAGACCCAUAUGAGAAUGUGGUGUGUAUAGAGUGCAAUCGAGGUGGCGAUGAUAGUCUCAUGCUACUAUGCGAUAUUUGUGAUUCUUCAGCGCAUACUUAUUGUGUUGGCUUGGGAAGGGAAGUGCCUGAAGGAAAUUGGUACUGUGGAGGAUGUAGACUUGGUGAUGAGGGACCGUCCUAUACCGGAAUUCAGCGCACAGUGGCUAAUGAAAGACAAAAUUACAGAACUCAGGUUGAUAAUAGUUCUGUAAGUUUUGGACCGGCUGCACCAAGUGGCACAUUUGAGAGAUCGCCAUCAAUCAACCCUCAUCGUUCUUUUCAAGGGAUAGAUCUAAAUCUAUCCCCAAGAGAUUUUCCUGGGGACACCCAUCCUGCUGAAUCACAAACUGAUAGCGUAUCAACUCCAACUGGAAGGCGUGCCACCCUUUCAGGAAGGCGUCAAAUACAUCGCUAUAUUCGGAUUUUGCUAACUAGACCAAGGCCGCCUGGCAGACAAGACACAUACCAUAAUGUUGCACAGCACAGUGCUGGUGUACCAAGAACUGAACCAAAUCGCCGUAACUUCCCUUCUUCAUCAGAAGCAAACACAUCACACAGUCUGCCUGAUGGCAUUCAGAACCAUCACAAUGGACUUCCAUUUGUUCAAGCUCACAGCAAUUUUGCUCCAUGCAUGUCCCUCGAUGGGGAUGAUUUCCAGCAAAUUGAAGGUGUCAAGAGCAACCUUAGGAAUGUGUAGUAGAAUCCCUUGUUAGAAGCAUUACCGCGUGAAGCUUACUAAGGGAGCAACAUGUGCCAUUUUUAAUGGCUUGUGGAAUUGAACAUAGCAAGCGCAUGCCUGUUGGCUCACCUUAACACCCUCCCUGGAUUUUCACUCAUGCUCUCAUUCGUGACACAGGCAUUUCCUCAUUGAAAAUGGCUGGUCAAUGUGGUUCGGAUCAUUUGUGGGAGAUUUGGUCAAUGACAUAACAUACAUGCUUUUUCUCAAAUCCUUUGUUUAAAUUUUAGGUAUUUUUUGUUGUUAUUGCCAUUCUCAUUCGUUCGGUCAUUAAACACAACAUUGAAAGAUCACACAGAAACAAAGGCAUUUCUGAAUGUCUGGAUAACUUCAUAUUUAUGCACUGUAACAUUGUGGGGACACAAUUUUCAUUAGGCUGAUCAUUCUUUCU